AUGGCCUUCGCCACGAUAAAUUCCGGCGGCGCCCCCAUCGCCGCCAUUGAGGAGGCGCUCGCGACAGAACCGUCCUUGAAGAAACGAGUCUACGAUGCGAUCGGAACCACCCCGCAACAUACGCCUUUGUUUGAGGACCUCGCAAAGUACACUUGCACCCUGCUGGCCAGGAAUACGACUACUACUUCUCUCCCGCUCGCGCCACCUACUGGUGACGGCUCUGCCGCGAAGAAGCGCAAACUACAAAAUGGAGACUCGCGGGAGACGGCGCCGGCGUCGGUCGACCUGAAGGGCGUAGAUGUGCCGGUCCAGUUCUACGUCCAGGAUGUUUCUUUCGCCGUGCCACAGCGCAAGAAGUUCACGCUCGAGGUCACUGCCGGGGGCAGGUACCUGCGGGCCAGGAAUCAGACGACGAAGGGGAUAGAAUUCGGGGUCCCCAUGGACCAGAUCCGACAUGCCCAGUCCCUUCCCGUACCGGAGAAGACGCAAAAACAGUUCAAUUUCUGCAUCAUUCCCCAAUACGCGGAUGGGAUCACACCACCCCCCGACGGCACGCCGGCUGUCGAAGCUAUGGUGUUUACCGUCGCCGAUGGGCCGGCUAAGGCUGCGUUCUUGGGGACCGGGCAACAGGUUGGUCACAACGAGGGCGAGACCGCCGAAGGAUUGAUCCGCAAAGUCCUCAACGAAAAUCUGCCUCAUGCCAGCGUUGUGCGACCCGAUGAGAGGGAGUUUGUGAGCGCCAUGCCCGAGGCGCACCGGAAGGGUGAGAAGGCAUACCACGUUAAGGCAUUCCGCGGUAGCAAAGAAGGUUACCUCUUCCUUCUCUCUACGGGGAUUUUGUUUGCGUUCAAGAAACCGCUUCUCUUUUUCUCGUUCGACACCAUUGACUCGGUCUCGUAUACGUCUGUUCUCCAGCGCACCUUCAAUCUCAACAUCAUGGCCCGCCCGGCCACCGGCUCCGAUGCAGAUACGCAGGAAUUUGAAUUCUCUAUGAUCGAUCAGGCCAAUUUCAGCGGCAUCGACACCUACAUCAAGCGACACGGUCUGCAGGAUGCCAGUCUGGCCGAGGCUCGGCGCGCCAAGGUGUACAAUGUGAACAAAGUCGAAGAUGCUGCAGCCGCCAGCACCGGCGGUGCUGGUGCCGGUGCCGACGAGGAAAGCGAGCUUCAAAAAGCCCAGCGGGAGCUCGAUGACCAGGAGGACGAGGAGGAAGAGGAUUACGACCCUGGCAGUGACGGUGAUAGUGACGGCAGCGGCUCAAGCAGUGAUGAGGACGAAGAUGCUGAGCAUGAAGAUGCUGACGAAGCCAUGGACGAAGACGAGGAUCUUAUCAAGGAUGAACUGGGCAGUGAAGCCGAGGAUAUUCCCGAAGAUGAAUAG